AUGCCGCCUCCACCCAGCCAAUACAAGAGAGAGAGAGAGACUACUAGAAUGUUGAGCUGGGCGCUAGUGCCUCAUUCGGACAAGGCGGGGCUUAGACCAGUUGACCUUGCUCGCCCGUCUUUCCUCGCCACCGCCCAACCCUCCUUCCCCCGUUUGUCCACUCACCACACUUCGCCCGACGCUAUCUCCUCACCCAGACUGUUUCUUACUCCACUCCACUCCACUCCACUCCACUCCACUCCACCGCUACUCUCAACCUCUCCCCCCCCAAAAACAAAUCUCUCCCAACCCACCCGUCCCUAUCACCGGCAGAGCGCUCACGUCGAUUUCAUGACCACAGACAUCCAGAAUCUCAAGUCCUUCGAUCCGUUCGCGGAGGCCGACGACAACGGAGGGGAGACGCAUACUGGCAACCAGCAGAAUUACAUUCACAUCCGAAUCCAGCAGCGCAAUGGUCGCAAAACCUUGACGACGGUCCAAGGCCUGCCCAAGAAAUUCGACCAGAAGAAGAUUCUCAAGGUGAUUAAGAAGAAGUUCGCCUGCAAUGGCACCGUCGUUGCCGACUCGGAGAUGGGCGAGGUGAUCCAGCUCCAGGGCGACCAGCGCAAAGAUGUUCAGGACUUCUUGACCGACAAGAAGGAGGGCCUCGGUCUGGAUGGCAAGACCAUCAAGGUCCACGGUUUCUAA